GGGAUCCAUCCAUAUAUUCUGGACACUUAUCAACCACCUAUAGAGGUAAGCGAAUGGUACGGCUGCCGAUACGACUGUCCAGCAAGAUAUCAAUUGAGAGUUAAAUUAUUUCGUAAUGACAAUAAAAUGAUAGAUGAAUUUCUAUUUAGAGAUGUUCUAGAAGGAGAGAAACAGAAUCAAUGGCUGAAGAUUACACACGUAUUUAAGAAUUAUGGACCUGGUCUUAGACGGAUUACCUUCGAGCACAGUGGAAAGGAUAGAUCAUUCUGGGCAGGACAUUACGGCAGUAAAAUGGCUGGGGCAUGUGUUUGUGUGAAAAGUCCCAAGCAUAUGAUGGGACAGUUCAGUGCCACUCCUUCGAGUUCUCGCGUGAUGUUCGACGAGGAGGACAACAACGGUUUGGUGCUCUGUGACAAGUACCUGCCGGUCGAAGUGCUGAUAGAGAUAUUUUGCCACGUCGACUGCAAGACCCUGUUGAGGUGCCAGUUGGUGUGCAAACGCUGGAAGAUGCUGAUGAACCACGUCUGGCACAAGAAGACCGAAUGGACGCUGGGCAAACCGUUCCCGUGGAACGAUAAGAUGCCCUGGACAGUAUAUUAUCUCGCAUGCACGAAGAAGCCGUACGAGAGGAACCUGGUGAAGAAUCAUUCCGGCGAUGAAAAGUCUUUCCGUCACUGGGAUAUAAGUUACAACGGCGGUCAUCGUUGGACGGUCGAAAAACCACCUGCCGGCAUGCCGGAACUGCCGCAAACUGAACCGUUGUUCAAAGACAGACAGACCUGUUUCGCAACGUCUUAUGAGCAUUGUACCAAAGUACAAGUUAUAAUUCUGACGGACGAGGGGAUCCAUCCAUAUAUUCUGGACACUUAUCAACCACCUAUAGAGGUAAGCGAAUGGUACGGCUGCCGAUACGACUGUCCAGCAAGAUAUCAAUUGAGAGUUAAAUUAUUUCGUAAUGACAAUAAAAUGAUAGAUGAAUUUCUAUUUAGAGAUGUUCUA